UUGUCAGUUCAAUUCAGACGUGUGCUGACAAAUGGAAAGGCUGGGGCAAUUCGUGCUAUUUAUUUGUCACACCAGCCGAUGGAAACUAUGAUCCAAAACCAUCGAAUUGGAAUAUGGCUCGAGCAUAUUGCUUAAAGAAAGGCGCAGAUUUGGUUUCUCUUACGACCAAUGAAGAAGUUGAUUUCGUAUACAGUCAUACAAAGAAUUUUGCUUACUGGUUUUGGAUCGGGUUGAGAUAUAACAGGACAAAGCUACGUAAAAGUGCGCACUGGGCUUGGAGCAAUGGAGAUAAGCUUAAUAUCACGAAAUGGAACACAGGGGAACCAAACCUCUUUGAAACAGAACACUGUGUUGAAAUUUUAAAGCGGUUAAAAGUCUGGAAUAACGAAAUAUGUGACAGCAAAGACAAUGAAAAGCGAGCUUGGAUAUGUGAAAAACCAAAAAGUGUCAAAACAUCCCGGAAAACUGCUAAGAUCACAACCACAG